CUCUUCCCCUCGCUCACACCGGUAGUUGUCAUGGCGAUGGAGUCAGCCACGGCGUCGGCUCCAGGGGUUGUUGCCAUGGAGAUCCCGGUGCGAGGUGCGCUCCCGGUGGUUGAGGAAGACGAGGGCUACAGCGCUCCGCCGCCGCCGGGGUCCGAGGAGCCACUACGGUAUCGCCGAGGAGGAGGGAGACGGCGGCGCGGGGUGCCGUUCAACCGGGGCUCCUACUACAUGCUGAUAGUGAUCGGGGAGAUCGGCACGGAGCACCAGCUGGACACCGCCAGAGCGCAGAUAGAGCGAGGAAUUCGAUCCUGGGACGUCGACCUCAAGUGCUGCGACCUUGAUCAGCAGCUGCAGCUGUUUAUAACUCGUCACUCCGCCCACUUCUCCUCCGAGGUCAGAGGACAAAGAACUCUCCACCACAGAAGUGAUGUCCUAGAGACUGUGGUGCUCGUCAACCCUUCAGAAGACACCAUUGUAUCAGAGAUCCAGUCUCUAGUCACAGACUCAGCAGGACACAAGCUUCUGGUCUUGAGUGGUCAGAGCUCAGAUCACGGCGGCCUUCUUCUUCAAACUGGGGUUUUCACCUACCAGACCUUUUCACGAGUCUUUACUGAUCCUGGGGUCAGUGAAUUACUGGGCACAACAGCCCCCAAGCAGCAGGCAACACUUACUGUGUCCUGCCGCGGGGAGGUGGGCUGGAGCUCCCUGGGACAGCAGCAGAUCCUGCGGGAGUUCCUGGAAUACAAACUAAACCCUGAGUCUGUUCUUCCCAAGAUGGAAGGCGUCACAGAGUUCACAGAGUACAUCUCUGAGACGGUCGACGUCCCUUCACCUUUUGACCUCCUGGAGCCACCCACAUCCGGAGGCUUCCUGAAACUGUCCAAGCCGUGUUGCUACAUCUUUCCCGGCGGACGAGGAGACUCUGCUCUCUUUGCUGUGAACGGCUUUAACAUCUUAGUGGACGGAGGCUCUGAACGAAAAUCAUGCUUCUGGAAGCUGGUUCGUCACUUGGACCGCAUCGACUCGAUCCUGCUCACACACAUCGGCGCUGACAAUCUCCCAGGUAUCAAUGGGCUGCUUCAGAGGAAGAUAGCAGAACAGGAGGAGGAGCAGUCCCAAGGCUCCACCAACUACAGCGACUGGAUGAAGAACCUGAUCUCUCCUGAACUAGGCGUGGUAUUCUUCAAUGUGCCAGAGAAGCUCCGUAUGCCAGAAUCUAAUCUUAAAGUGAAGCGCAGCAUUGAAGAGGCCUCGCUGACUUUGCAGUACCUUAACAAACUAGGAAUCAAACCUGAACCACUUUUUCGAGUGGUCAGCAACACCAUUGAGCCCAUUACUCUGUUCCACAAGAUGGGUGUGGGCAGGUUAGACAUGUAUAUUCUUAAUCCUGUCAAAGACAGUAAAGAAAUGCAGUUUUUAAUGCAGAAGUGGGCUGGCAACAGCAAGGCCAAAACUGGUAUUGUGCUGCCCAACGGGAAAGAAGGAGAAAUAUCUGUACCCUACCUGACAUCAGUUACAGCCUUAGUCGUCUGGCUUCCUGCCAACCCUGCAGAAAAGAUCAUCAGAGUGCUGUUCCCUGGGAAUGCACCACAAAACAAGAUCCUAGAGGGACUGGAAAAAUUAAAGCACCUUGACUUCUUGCGCUAUCCUGUAGCCACACAAAAGGACAUUGCCUCCGGAGCUCCUCCCUCUGUUAUAAAACAAACCAAGUUAAAGCAAAGAACAGACAGCAAAGAGAGUCUCAAGUCGUCCCCGAAGACUACUGCAAAGACCUCAAAGAAAGAGACUGAAGGACAAGAUGAUGUGUCAGCCGCCACAGAGGCAAAGAGUGACUCUGUCAAGGAAAAUAUCUUGGAGAAAAAAGAGGAGAAAAAGCCCACUAAAACUAUAAAAUCUAAAACUGAUGUGCCAGAAAAGAAAAAACUCCUGAAGGAAAAAUCCUUAAAAAAGCACCCAAAGGAGAGAGUGUCAAAAAUGGAUGAGAAAAAGGACAAGGAAAAGAAAGAGAUCAAGAAAGUAAAGAAGGAUGACUCCAUUAAGAAGGAUGAAAAGAAAGAUGUUAAGUCCAAAGAGGACAAAAAGAAGGACACAUCCAAACCAGAGCUGAGAAAAAUUACAAAGCCUGACCUGAAACCACUCACACCAGAAGUCAGAAAGACAUUACACAAAGCUAAAGUGUCAAGUAAAGCAAAGACUGGAAAAAUCAAAGCAGCAAAGGCUUUACCUGCUGAGCCGAAGCCUGAGGAGCCGAAACCUGAAACUAUUCAACCUGAACCAGUAGAGAAUGGAGCUGUUGAGGGCACGUCUGUUCCCUCAACCCCAGAAGACCUCACCAAGGAUUUUGAAGAUAUGAAAAAAGCCGAAGUUGUAGCUGUAUCAGCAGAGCCUCAAGACAGUAAUGAGCUGACAGCACAAAGCCUUACCCAAGAGAAGGAGGAAGCACAAGAAACUACAUCUGAAAUUCCACCUGGCACACAGUCUCUAGAAAAGGAGGCAGCAGCCCCAGAAGAAGCUGAAGUUGAAGACAAAGACCAGGUGUUGACACAAGAGAGAGAAAUGGAAGAGGCUCAAAAGUUUGAGGAUGAAGGAGCAGCAACUCAGGAUGAGGAGGAGGAAGAGGAGGAAGAAGAGCCCCCUGCUGCCGUGAAGAAAACAGAAGAGGAGGAGGAAGAAGAUAUGGGAAUAGGUGAAGAGGUGGAUGAAUCAAAGGAGGCAAAGGAUGAUGGGCUUGACAGGAAACACGAGAUAGAGGAAAUGGAGAAAUCUGAAAUUCUCGCAGCUAAGGUUGUGGCAAAAGAGGAGUUACAAAUGAUUCCAUCUAAAGCCGAGGAGGAGGAAGAAGAGGAGGAGGCAGUGGAGAAAGCCGAACUGGAGGAAGUGGAAGAUUUAGACGUAAUAGCAGACGAAGAGAUCAAACCCAAAGAUGCAGCUGAAGACGAAAUCGUCACUGAAAGCAAAACUACUGAAAUCCCGACUGGAGCUGAAGAAGAGGAAGAGGAGGAGGGCUACCUGUCACAUGUUGCAGGGGCCACAGCUCCCAUAACCUCCGUAGUUCAAGGAGCUGCUGCAGCUGAACCCAUCUCCUACAUCCAAGAUGAGACAAUACCUGGCUACUCUGAGACAGAGCAGACCAUCUCUGACGAGGAGAUUCACGAGGAGGCAGAGGAAAGGAUACCACACCUCCAGUACGACGUUGGCGCUUAUGACAUCUCCGUUCCAGAUCAGACCGGAUCAUUUGUAGACAUCCACGGCAUGAGGGAGAUGCAAGCUGCAGCUAUGACCGAGAAAACUUUCAUCCCAGGUGUGCAGGAGCAGGUGUCAGUUUUCACCAACAUCAUCACUGCUCCUCUGGCAGAGGAGGAGCAUGUCUCUUCUGCAACGUCCAUCACAGAGUAUGACAAAGUGUCCUCCUUCCCUACUUCUAUCGCCGAAGACCAAUCUGUGGCAUCUGUCGCAGCACCUCCAGCUGAGGAACCACCCAAAAGCCCUGUCACCCUGUCAACACCACCUGAUGCCACCCAAGGCAAAGAACAGCCAACCUCUGCAGGAACACUUUCACCACCGUCUUUGGAAGAAGACAAACAAUCCAAGUCUCCAUCUGAUGACCUAACACUUCCUGUUACAGAAGUAAAGACGCCAGCUAAAGCUUCUGAAGCUCAGGAUGAGGAGGAAGAAGAAGAGGAAGAGGAUGAAGACCAAACUCCUAAUGUUGACAUUUCACUUGAAAAACUUCAAGAGGGCUAUGCUUCAUCUCAACUGUUACAGGGUAAAGAGACAGAUGUUGAAAAGCUUGCAGGCUCAGUGUCUCCAGUUUCUAUACAAGACACCAAACCAGUCCACCUCCCUGUCGAAGAAGAAAACAUAGAUGCUAUUGCACCUAAAGAUACUUCAUCUGUUGUGCCUACUAGACCUUUCGGAUCAGACUCAGUAACUUCAGAGAGUGAAGAGCGCUGCUUCAGUCCGGAUGAUAUCACUGUGAAAAUGGCCUCCCCUCCACAGUCUGGACCGCCGAGCGCAGCUCACUCUCCUCUUCGUCAGUCACCAGUGGAAGACAAGAUGAAGGUCUUCCCCGAUUUAGAGCCGCAAAAACAAGAGGAGCUCCCUGAUGUCGUCGCAGCUCAUGAAGACAAAACUGCAAAGAAAGACGAACCAGCAAUGCAAAAAGAUAUUGACAAACAGAAAGCAGAUCAGCAGGAAGAAGAAAUUUCAACAUCUUUGGACGAACCAUUUGAGAAGGACAUAAAAGAGGUUCCAGUGAUGAAGGAGACAGAAAAAGAAACUCCAUCAGUACCAAAAGAUGAAGGCAAACAAGCAGAAACAAUCCCUGAUGCUGCUGCGUCUUUAACAGAAGUUCUGCCACCUGCAUCAGCGAGGGAUUCCCUCGUGUCAUCUGGACAAAAAGAUGAAGAUAUUGACGACAAGCUCAAAGACAAAGAACCUAAAGUGCCUGUUCCAGGUAAAUUUCCAGAGAAGGAGAGUCGUUUCCUGGAUGAUGAUGAUGAUGAUGACAAGAAAGAUGACGAUGAUCACGAUGAUAAAUCUGCAGUUAAAACCGUCCAGGCGGAACAGGAGAAAGGAAAGGACGACACCUCCGAUGUCAUACAAAUCAAGGAUGAACAAAAACAGAAAUCUGUCAUCCAAGAAGACGUUUCUGCUAUUACGUCCAUCACGGAUGAGAAAGCAGAGAAAGAGGCAAUAAAGGAUGAUACCUCUGAUAUUAAACCCAUCAAAGAUGAGCAAAUUGCAAAAGACGUUCUCACAACUGAUAGAGCCAUAAAAGAUGAACAGAAAGAGUCCGAAAAAGACCAUACUCCUGAGGUCAAAACUACUACAGAAGCAGAGAAGGAAUUUGUUGCUUCUGAGGCCAAAGAUAUUAAAGAUGAGCAGAAACAGAAAGAUGAUGAUUUUGACCUUAAAACCAAAGGUGAAGUUAAAGAAACUGACCUUAAAAAGGAUGACGUGGCUGAUAUUGAGAUUUCGAAAAUGGAGGAGAGAAAAGAGACAGAGAAGGACGCUACCAUUGAUGUUAGCCCUAUAAAGACUGAAGAGAAAGAGAUUGAAAAAGUACAUGCCACAGAUAUCAAGCAGGACGAUAUGCACAUUACUGAGCCUACUAAAGAUGAGAGGGAAGAAGAGGCAGAAACAUCUGAUAUCAAAGUGAUCGAAGAUAAGAAAGAGGAAAAGGAGAUGGAAAAGAUAGAUGCUUCUGCUACCAAGCCUUUUACAGAUGAGCAGAAGGAAAAGGAGAAAGAGAUGGCUGACAUCACUGUUGCUAAACUCACCAAAGAAGAAGAGGUGAUCAGUAAGGAUGAUACAUCUGCUGUUUCCAUGAAAGAAGAAAAGGGGCAAGAGAUUUGUAAAGAUGUUAUCUCACCCGUCAGCAUCACCACAGUGGAAGAAAAGGACGCACCACUGAGUAAAGAUGAAAUUCUUGCUGACAAGCCAACCACAGAGCAAGAAAAAGAGAAAGAGGCAAGUAAAGAUGAUAGUUUGGACACCAAACUUUCCAAGGAACAGGAAAAAGAUACAACAACAAUCAAGGAUGAUGCAUACAUCAAACCUAUGAUAGCAGAAGACAAGAGGGAAGACAUAAGUAAAGACGAUACUGCUGCUAUUAAACUUACCAAGGCAGAGGACAAAGAUAAGCUGCCAAGUACUGAAGAUACAUCUGCUGUUAAACCAACACUUGGAGAAGAAAAGGAACAAAAGGAAAGUAAAGAGGAUACUGCUGCUAUCAAAAUUACCAAAAUGGAGGAAGAACAUGUAAAAGUAUGUAAAGAUGAAGAUUUCUCUGCUGCAUCAACCAAGGUAGAGGCAAAAGAGACACCUAAGGAUGCUGUCAAACCAGUCACAGAGGAAGAAAGGGGGCAAGAUAUAAGCAAAGAUAUCACAUCUACCAUCAAACCUGCCAAGACGGAGGAACAGGAUGUAAUGAGGAGCGAAGAUAUUUCAGCUGUCAAAACAUCCAAAGACGAAUCUGUUGCUAAACCCACCACAGAAGACGAAAAGGAGAAAGAAACCAGUAAAGAUGUUUGUGCUGACAAAUCAACGAUAGAAGAAUUAAAGGAGAAAGAAACCAGCAAAGAUAUUUCUGCUGACAAAUCAGCGAUGGAAGAAGUAAAGGAGAAAGAAGAGAAAGAAACCAGCAAAGAUAUCUGUGCUGAGAAAUCAACGAUAGAAGAAGUAAAGGAGAAAGAAACCAGUCAAGAUAUUUGUGCCGACAAAUUGACAAUGGAAGAAGUAAAGGAGAAAGACGAGAAAGAAACCAGCAAAGAUAUUUGUGCCGACAAAUCGACGAUGGAAGAAGUAAAGGAGAAAGACGAGAAAGAAACCAGCAAAGAUAUUUGUGCCGACAAAUCAACGAUAGAAGUAAAGGACAAAGACGAGAAAGAAACCAGCAAAGAUAUUUCUGCUGACAAAUCAACGAUAGAAGAAGUAAAGGAGAAAGACGAGAAAGAAACCAGCAAAGAUAUUUCUGCUGACAAAUCAACGAUAGAAGUAAAGGACAAAGACGAGAAAGAAACCAGCAAAGAUAUUUCUGCUGACAAAUCAACGAUAGAAGAAGUAAAGGAGAAAGACGAGAAAGAAACCAGCAAAGAUAUUUGUGCCGACAAAUCAACGAUGGAAGAAGUAAAGGAGAAAGACGAGAAAGAAACCAGCAAAGAUAUUUGUGCCGACAAAUCAACGAUGGAAGAAGUAAAGGAGAAAGACGAGAAAGAAACCAGCAAAGAUAUUUCUGCCGACAAAUCAACGAUAGAAGAAGUAAAGGAGAAAGAAGAGAAAGAAACCAGCAAAGAUAUUUCUGCUGACAAAUUAACGAUAGAAGAAGUAAAGGAGAAAGAAACCAGCAAAGAUAUUUCUGCUGACAAAUCAACGAUAGAAGAAGUAAAGGAGAAAGAAGAGAAAGAAACCAGCAAAGAUAUUUCUGCUGACAAAUCAACAAUAGAAGAAGUAAAGGAGAAAGAAGAGAAAGAAACCAGUAAAGAUAUUUCUGCUGACAAAUCAACGAUAGAAGAAGUAAAGGAGAAAGAAGAGAAAGAAACCAGUAAAGAUAUCUGUGCUGAGAAAGUAACAAUAGAAGAAAUAAAGGAGAAAGAGAAAGAAACCAGCAAAGAUAUUUGUGCCGACAAAUCAACGAUAGAAGAAGUAAAGGAGAAAGAAACCAGCAAAGAUGUUUCUGCUGACAAAUCAAUGAUAGAACAAGAAAAGGAGAAAGACACCAGUAAAGAUACCUCUGCUGACAAAUCAGUGAUAGAAGAAGAAAAGGAGAAAGAUAAGGAGGAAACCUCCACUGAGAAAUCAUCCAAGGAGGAAGAUGUUUCAGAUCAGGAUCAUGGUGUUGUUAUCAAACCCAUUAAGGAAGAAAAAGAUACAGUAGUAAUUAAGGAUGACAUUUCUGCCAAGCAGGAGGAAAGCAAAGACAUUCCUGGUGUAAAACCCCCUGCAGAUGAGGAGAAGAAGUUAGAGUUGAAAGAUGUUACAUCUGAUGUAAAACUCACCAAGGAAGAGGCGAAAGAAAUCCCAAAGGCUGAAAUUUCUGAAAAAGAAAUUACAGUCAAAGAGGAAGAAAGGGAAAAAGAGAAAGAAAAAAGUUCUGAUUUUGUGUCUGUCGAGGAGCAGAAAGAUGAUACUUCUGUCAAAACUAUUAAAGAUGACAAAGAGGUUGAAAAAAGUGACAUAAUUGACAAACAGAUAAAAAUGCAGGAGGCUAAAGAGCAGGAGGAGGCCGAUGUCUCUGCUGACAAACCAAUUUUGGAGGAAAUAAAGGAUAAAGAAACUGAAAAAGACGACACAAAAAAAGAAAAAGAAACAGAUUCCACUGUUGAGCAACCCAAGGACACAAAAGAGCAAGAGCCAGCUAAAGUUGAAACCAUCGAGGUCAAAGUCAAACAGGACACUUGCGAAGCUGAAUCCAUCAAACAGGAGGCAGAGAAGGAGAUACACUCUCCAUCAUUUACCGCCAAAGAUGAGAAAAAAGGGAAAGAUGAUUAUCCUUUUGAGCCUGAAUCUAAGAAGGAAGAUAAAAAAGAUAUAGAUCUCCCCAUGUCUCAGACCUUGGACGAGGAGAAAACUAAAAAGGAUGAUAUUUGUGGCGUUGAUGAUAAGCGUAUACAUGAAGAAACCUCUGAUAAGCUCACUGGAACUCAGAAAGAGAAGGAAACUUCUGAAGCUACAUCAGUUGAAAAGCAGCAAGACAUUUCUGUAACUACUUCAAGUGAAGACCUGAAACCAGUGAAAGAUGACAUUUGUGUGUCUCCCGGCCACAUCCAGGAGGAGAAAAAGGAGCAAGACAAAGAAGCAAAAGUCAUUAGUAGUCAAGAAGAGAAGAUGGAGAAAGAGAAAGACGAUGCACAUGUUGCUGAACUGAGCAAAGAGAAGAAAAUGGAAAAGGAGCAGGAAAAAGAAUACACUUACGACACUGAUGACACCAAAGAAGAAAAGACAAAACCAGAAGAGGAUGAAAAGAUGAUGAAAGAAAAGGAUGUUGGAGACAAGAAGAUAGAUGACAUUACUGAGAAAGACUCCGAUGCAGACCACACCAAAGAGGAGAAAUGGGAGAGAGAAGAGUUACAGGAGAAAGACCUGGACAAAACCAGUAAACAGCCCACACAGACACUAUCAGGAGACGCAGCGAUGGCAUCCAAGUCAGAUUACAAACCUGCAUUUGUGGUUCAGUCCUCUGAUGAAGACAGAGGAGAUGAAGAGGAGGAGGACAUUUGUAUGGGAGGAGCAGGCUCAAGACCUUUGUCCGUGGAGCCAAGAAAAUCCGAACAUGACAUCUCGUCUGCAGGCCUGCCCUCAUCCCCAAAACCACCGGCAAGUGACCAAACUAAACCGCCAAUAUCAGAGCAGAGUACAGUGAUCAUACCAACACUUACAAUGCAGGAGCCCUCUAUUGAUGAAGACGUCAAAGACUUUGACAAAGAAGAAUCCAGACUUUCACCUGAAGUCAGUAAAGAUGUCAUGAAAACAGAAACCACAGCUGCGCCACUUGCCAAGCCAGAGCCCUCUUUUGAUAUUGUCACAUCAAAGGAGGAGACUACCACUAUUCCAAAACAAGAAACAGCUUCUGAUGUCACAGCAGCUAAAGCUGAACCAGUCUCAGAUUCAGCUGAGAAAAAGCCUGUGUUGUCAACAGUAUCAAGCACUGACAGUCAACCCAGGAGCUCGACACUCUCAAGCACUGAGAGUCAGUCCAGUGUGGAGGAAAUGCCACAACAAGAGAAACAGAUACCAACAAGCUCAGGGGUGAGUGCUGCAGAGAAAACAAAGCUGGAGGAGAAGCCAGGAAAGGAAGCAGAGAGGGAGAUGGAAGGAGAACGAGAGGUGGCUUCUCCAGGAUUAUCACAGCCUUGUUCAUAUUUUAUGUUGGAUUCUGAAGACGCCAGCCAAACUGAAGUUGUAAAAUCAGACACUACAAAAAUGACCUCAGAGAAGGAAACGGCCAGUGGAAGCCUCGGAGAUGAACAGCAAACCUUUUGUGCGUCCAAGUACGAUCCGUAUGAAAAGCCCAUUCCAAAAGAUCAUGACUUGGACUCUCGGGAAGAAAGCGAGGUUUCUCUAGGUUUCGAUCACGCCUCUGAUAUUGCAAUUGAUGAUAACAGAAGAACAAGCCAGACAGAGGCUGGAGGAGCAAUGUUCCUCCUGGAUGAUCAGUACAAAGAAGAGCCUCUGUCCUUCAGCAGAGUGGACUACAGCCCGGUGUCCCUCACAGAGAGUGAGAGAAGUAGCCACCAAAGUCAAAGUGCCUCGCCUAAAUAUGAAGACAGAGAGAAAGGCCAAGAGGAAGAGAGUGAAAGAGAAGAAAGACCAGAUACACCUUAUGUUGACAAGAGCUUUUCAUCCGCAGACAUGCAAGAUAACAAAAUGUCCCAGGCUGCUGAGUCUUAUUCUUUCAGUCCCAAAGAGGACAAACCUGAGAAAUCCGAGAAAGAGAAAGAGGACAUGAUGGAAGGUGCUGCAGCAGCAGCUUUUCAACCAGGAGUAACAGGAGUAAGUGAUACAGUUUCCAGCGGUGCUGCUGUUCAAUUAGCCGGCGUAUCAUCGAGACAAGAAACACCUUCUCCCUCAUGGAGCCAAUCAGAUCUUGGUACCCAGGUUUCACCUACUCCCACGGCUUUUGCAGAAUUCACAGAAAAGAGAACAACUGAAAAAGAGAAAGAAAAAUCUGAGUCGCUCAAAGACAAAAUUGAUUCCUCUGAUCAUGACAGAGAGGGAUCUCCAUCUGGUCGGCAUUCACCUGCAGAAAAAGACAUUUUACUUCAACAAGCAUCACCUUUGGAGAAAGAAGAAACUUCAAGUGAUUCAAGGCCUGCAUCUGCUGCCACAUUUUCAGGACACGAAAUAGACGAUAAUGUUUUGGCAUCUGACAAUAGUCAAAUUAGCAGCUCUGCCUCUUGUAAAUCCAUGUUAGACCUUCCAGAUGGAAAAGAAAGCCUGAUAGACAAAAGGUUACUUGUAGAGGGGGAAGAUUUCAACGUUGAUGAUGAUGAAGAUGACGAUGAGGACGAGGAGGAGGAAGAAGAGGAGGAGUUAAGUGAUGUAGAUAUGGAAAAGGGUGCCAGAGAACAAUCUGAAAAAGAAAUGUGUAGACGUAGCUCUGGGGAUAGUGCCACAUUAGCAGAGGCAGAGGACUCAAAUAAAAAGUCUCAGUUGCCUGAAUCAAGUUUCCUUAAAGAGGAAACAAUCGGUAGAGCAACACCUGAUGAUGCCUCGGCUUCAGACAAGCAGGACUUGAGUAAAAAACCACCAUCCCCAGAAACAAAACCACCAUCUCCAGAAACAAAAUCACCAUCUCCAGAAACAGAACCACUCAAAGAAGAUACAGCCACAUCCAAACUUCCUGAGACAAAGAGUGAAGAUGUAGGUAAAACAACUCCACCCCCAGACUCAAGCGCUCAAAGAAUGGAUGAAAAGAGUUUCACUACAUUAGAUGCUCCAAAACUUCCUGAAACAAAGGAAGCAGAGGACACAGACAAGAAGCAUCUAUCUCCUGAACCAACCACAAAGAGAAGGUUGUCUUCAGCCGGGGAUUUUCCACCUCAUGAAGACCUGCCGUCAAAAAAAGGAGGUGAUGACAAAGGGUCUCUAUCUCCAAGCUUUUUGACAAAGGAAACGUGUCAACCAACAUCCACAAGCAGCAUGACGGGCAGCUUUUUGCCAUCUGAACAUUCAGAAUCCGUGUCCAAGACUACAUCUAGUCCCUCCCCUCCUCUAAGCAGUAGCUAUGCCGACAUCGGACAGAGUAGAUCUGAAGGUUAUUCCGAGCAUUUCUACAGUGAGGAGAGUCAAGUAGGAUUGAAGGACGAUAAGAAAGAAACCUCUGUGCUCUCAGAUGCCUCCGGGCUGUCCAAGCGAGGCGAUGAUAAAUAUUACAGCCAAAGAGACACCCAAGAAGUAAGUCUAGAUGAGAGGCAGACCCUAGAUAUCACCACAAAACAUGAAACUGCCUCAUCACCUUGCACAUACACCACCUUAACAUACUCUUCUUCAACAUACUCCUCCACAUCAUAUAGUUACUCGUCCUCAUCAUCAUCUGCUCCUUUGAGCCAAAAGUUUGAAGAAAAAGCCCAAACUUUCACAACGCCACCAAGCUCUACAGUACCUCUAGCCAAAGAGGAGUCAUCGUUUACAACAGAGUCUACAAGCUCCUGCUUUGGAGGGUUUCAGAGAGAUGAGUACAUGGAGGUGACGGCGAAACCUGCAACAAAGGUGACCUUACCCAGCCAGUUUGAUGAGACCAAACCAUCCUCUUCAGUGUUGUCUACAACUGCCAAACAAACUGAGGAUCAAAGCAGUUCUGCAAAGCCUGAAAUGGCAACAAAGUCAAGCACUGAUAGUUUUCAUAUGCUAGAAACUAAGAUUACAACAUCUUCCACAGCGCCAUCUUCACAAAGUAUCGAACCAGUAAAGGUGUUAGAGAGUUUAUCCACAUCAGAGGCUCGCUUUGAUGUCUCUCCCCUCCAAAGGGCUGACUCCUCUGAUAAGGUGUACCAAGAGUCAUCGGAAGAUGAGGAGCCUGUUACACUUGAAAUGGAUGACAGCACUCUACCAUGUCGUAUUGAAUGUCAAAAAAUCAAAGUGUCUGAGCAAAAGGAGACUUUUUCAUCAAUAACUGAGUCAUAUGUGGUUGAAAGUACCACACAGUCCACAGAGACGAAAACAGUCACCAUCACCUCUACUACUGUUGUGUCUAAACCUGAUGUGGUGAUGGAAACAACUCAACAGACAGCCUCACUUACUUCACUGAGUGAUUGUGGAGCUAGCAAAACCACAUGUGCCACAACAGACGUGUCCAAAACAGAGGAGAAAGAGAAAAUGGAUAAAACAGUGGGAGUAAAAGAGGAAAAGACAGAUGGAGCUAUUUCACCUUUGAAGGAGGAUGCAAAGGCUUCAGGAAAAGAUGAAAGGACAGAGAUGGCUAAAGACAGUGAAGUCAAGCAGAAAGCAGAGGAAAAGAAACAGGAGGAAAAGAUGUGUAAAGACAGCACAGAGGAGAAAAAGGCAACAGCUGAUCCAAAGAUGUGUGAAAAAGCAGAGGAUGGUAAGAAAGGAGAGGCAGAAAAAGUGGAGGAGAAAAGCUUUUUGGACAAACCACCAGAGAGAUUAGAAACCAGGAGAAGAAGCAGCAUAUCUGAUUGGGAGCUACUACAGAGGCCUGAAGACUGCCCAAGUGCCCCUCCUCCAGGUUAUGGGGAUGAUGAUGAUGAGGAGGAAGAGGAAGCAAUGGAAGCAAUGGAAUGGAUGGCCAGUGUCCACAGUACCUCUCACACAGAAACAUCCAGUACCGUGAGGGCUGAUCGUCCCUCUGACUUGAACACCGGCGCCACCUCCUCCUCUGCCUCCCAUCCAGGCUACUCCUCCUGCGAAUACAAACAUCGCAAAGGAGAACUUUCUCCGUCGUUCAUCAACCCGAGCCCUCAUCAGCUCUCCAGCGACGAGGGGGAAGGCGAGGAGGACGCUGGCAGUGACCACUCCCAGGAAGGGGAUGAGGACGAUCAGGAGCAACACUCUGUGAAAAGGAGGUCGCACAAGCAGAGGCGCCACCACGCUCAGAGUUACCAUGGAGACGCUGGACAAGGGCCACAACAGCAACCCGGCGCCAUGUCAUCUGGCUUGGCUGUGACAUUAGCUGGAGAGGAAACACCUCCGACAUCAGUGAGCGAGUCAUUGCCGUCACAGUCUGAUUCCGAUGUCCCUCCAGAAACCGAGGAGUGUCCGUCUAUAACAGCUGAAGGAAAUCUGGACUCAGACGAAGAUGCUGAACAUCUACCAGUCGACAAAUUAUCUGGAGCCGGGGGUGGUCACCAUCCUCCAUCACCAAGGUCAGCUCAAAAGACUCAUGACCCCCUACCUACUCCAAUGAAGGACCCGCAUCCCCACCCUCCACACCCAGAUGUGUGCAUGGUAGAUCCGGAGGCGCUUCCCAAUGACCACAGCAGCACAGAGAAACUUCUGAAAAAGGAGCACAAGACCACCAAGGGCCUCAGAAAGGGCAAGCCCAAGUCAGCCUCUCCUGCUCGUAAGGGGGAAGUCAGGAAAAGGUCCUCUACUCCAGUGAAGCAGACUUCUAAAGACUCUGCCUCACCUCGAUCAGCUUCCCUCAGGAGGAAGGACCCAGACAGAAGCUCCAGGCUAAUCAAGAUGUCUGAGACCCAGGGCUCCAGGAGUGAGCUGCUCAACCCAGCGAAGGCCUUGGUCAACGGUGUCAAGAGCAGUUCAGGUAACAACUCCCAGAAAACUAGCUCGGCCGUCCCCCCUGGACCACCCAUCUAUGUCGACCUUGCCUAUGUGCCCAACCACUGCAGUGCCAAGAAUGUGGACCAGGAAUUCUUCAAGAGAGUGCGAGCUGCAUACUAUGUGGUGAGCGGGAAUGACCCUGGCAGCGGAGAGCCCAGCCGUGGAGUUCUGGACGCCCUGCUGGAGGGCAAAGCUCAGUGGGGCUCCAAUUUACAGGUCACUCUGAUCCCAACCCACGACACUGAGGUGACUCGGGACUGGUACCAGCAGACCCACGAGAGGCAGCAGGACCUGAACAUCAUGGUUCUGGCCUCCAGCAGCACCGUAGUCAUGCAGGACGAGUCCUUCCCUGCCUGCAAGAUCGAGUUCUGAGCUACACGAGCCCCGCUGUGCUUCCCCUGCCCCUCCCAUCCUCCCUGUCCCUGUCAUCUGUUCUUACUGGAGGUAGAGCGAGAGCUAACAGCACUCUCUGCUCCUUCAAGGCUUCUUGCUCUCUCAUGGUACCAGUCUCAAAACGCAUCUGCUGCAGCUCUCGAUACUCUAGAUUCUGUUAGUUGAAGUCAAAGUCAAAACUCUGGGUUUAUGCUCUCUGUGACAGUGGGGUUAUCACGCAAAUAAUAAUGUACUUUUAUGUUUGUUUUCUACUGUGAGUUAACAGUCUGCCCAAACACACCUCUUCUACUAGCACUAACAAUCGUGGUUACAAAAUGUAAAACAUUUACUAGCAUAAUAAUGCUUUUGCCUCAUAUCUAACAGAUAAAUGGACAUUAUUAUCCCACAAAUGCAUAAUGCCACAGUUAAACUAUAGAAUAAUAGGGUGUAGAUCUUAAACUGUGUGGCUCAAAUCUCUAUUAAUUUGGAAAUGUGAUACUCCCAAGAGGCAAAUCUCUCACCUAAAAGAAGUGCCAAAACACUGCAAAACAGUUCUCAUUAGUUAACUCCUCCAAAACAUCUCCUAAAAUCAAAAAGUGAUCAAUAAUUUUAGACUGUGUGCACAGUGUCUUUAGAAGAUUAGACAUUUUUUCAGUUUAUUUUCCAUCUGUGCACAUAACAAACUCAUCUGUUGCAAUUCUGAUCACGCUACAGUAGUUUUUGGAUUAACUCAAUAACGACAUAAAUUGAUGUUAUGUAAAAGACAAAAAAAAAAAUUUAAAUUACGUCGUCAUUUGUGGUGAGGUCUUAGGAGGUGCCUGAAGUUGCCACUGUUUGAAAUCUUUCUUCUCGGCUUUCACAGCUUAGCUGGUGCAUGAUGCUUGCGUUUUAGCUCGGACUCUUUCAGAACUGCGUAGGGUUAAUCCUUCCUUUAGCCAGCCUUCAAGUGUGGAAUGCAGUAUAGUGUAGAUAAGUUACUACACUGUUUGGCUGUCGACGCUAAAGUGAACUCAGUAGGCGCCAGGCACAAAGGACGAUGUCUGUACACUAAUCAUAUCUCUGCUGGAUGUAAUGGUUCCUCUCUAAGUCUUUAUCAUGCUCUUUGUUGGUUGUAUGUACUACAGUAUACACAUAGGGUAAAUGUUUCUAUAUCAAUACAGAGGUUAUGUUAAAUAAAUUAUAUAUUUUGUGAUGAUGCAGCAAACUAUGAGGCGAAUGUAACGUUUCUGGUCAUGCGUUUGAGAAGAAGGUUUAAUUAACAUUAUCUGUCAUUUCCUCCUGUUCAGCUACAUUUUACUGUCUCUGUCAAUAUCACAAAGCGAUGGGAGAAUAAAAAAAAAAACAAAAAAACAAGCAGUGACCUGUGACAAAUGUAGCAAUGGAAGCUUGUGCGCUUGUCCCUUCGGAGGGAGCGUUACGCCAGUGGAAACUGCAAUAUUUAUAUUUAUUAUUGGGGUUAUUUUUCAGGACAAAAAAAGUGUGAAGUAUGUUACAGGAGGCUUCUUUCAUGUGCCUUUUAGCUUGUGGUUUUGGAGUUUUGAAGAGAGGGGAAUAUUUUAAGGACAUGUCAGCCAUUUUAAAGCCGAACCAGAAACCAGGGUAAAACAAAGAAACCAAGUACUUUGAAGCAGAGGACCAAUCAGUUCACACAGUACACGCACAAACUUUAGCCACACCCAGGACGCUCUGAAACACUACACUAAAUAUCUUUGGAGCUCUGAAAUCCGAUUCAGCAUUAAUCCACAUUCUGAGAUGCCACUUUUAAACAAAUAUGAAUGUCUCUGAGCAAAGUGUUGCACCAAAUAGGAAUGUACUUUUCUGAGAGUUUAAGAGUUGGAUUUUUGUCUGUAGUUGAAGCACAGAGAGUGAGUGUGGUAGCAGAGAAUAACUGUUCACUGUAUUAUGAAAUUUUCUACAAGACGUUUCUCAAAAAAACUGAGCUUGCUGUCAAACACGGGACGACACUUUAAUUAUAAAGCAAUUACCUACUAUUAAUCCCAGAGUAAUAUUUAAAGAAUGAGCAUGAAUGUGAUGAUUAUGAUUGUACAGGACGAAGAUAUAAAGUAAGAAUAUCUUUGAAGUAGUAUUGUGUGUGUGUGAGUAUAUGAUACACACCGAGUAGCUGUUUUUGUAACGCAGCAUGGUGCUGAGGCGAGUGACUUCUGUGGGUUCAGUACGAAAGGUCUUUCUGCUUGUUCACAGACUGAUUGGAGAGUCGCUCAUGUGCUGACGUAGAACAUGAGGCCAAGUUUUAUUUCUUCAUUUGUAUGUGAAUUUUUAGAGUAACAAAUUUACAUUUUCCAAAUUUGUGCCGAGACGCAAAUUUGAUUAGUUUUUAAAUUUCAUUUUCGUCUAAAUAAGAAAUACAUUUCUGCCAAGUCGGCUCAUCACAUGAUUUUUAUUUUUGUUUUGUGAGGAUUGAUAUGAAGCGAGGGGACAGGCCAGGCUGGGCGACAGAAGAGAGGAGGCUUGGGUUUCCUGAAAGGACUUUGUUUGAGCUUUUGACGACACAUUGAUUGUCAGGAUGUUGCCAACUAAAAGCAGGGAGGAUCCUCUGCUUGCACAUAUUUACUAUUCCCUCAACCUGAUUCAAAAAUAUGGGACAACCCCCACAGAAGGCUAGAGCAUGCUGUCAGCUGAUGCUAGCCUGGGACCAGUGCCAUUUUCUCUCCCUGUAAAACUCAUAAAGCUCACACUACCUUAUACCUCAUCUUCCAAAGCCUCCAUGCUCUCCGCUCUGCCCGGCCUCCCCCAACAUUAGACAUGUCCAUUAUGCACAUUGAGCCUUGGUAUGCAUCUCGUGCUUGUGAUGAUUCAGGCAGACAUAGCUUUUUAUUUUCAUCCCACUGGGGAGAGUUUGAUGCAGAUUGUAUAUUAAACAGCUGGGCACGCACAAGUACACACCC